AUAAUAGGGGAAAAAAGGGAGAGAGAAGAGAAAAUAUUCUUUCUUUUGGUAGCUACUGCCAUAGUAGUAUAAGCCAUUAUUUUUGCUACUAUAUACUAAAAUCAAACACAAACUCAGAGAAGAAGAAAAUCAAGAAGAAGAUGGAAUCAUAUAUGUAGUUGUUAUAACAACUACUGUUUGUUUUGGUUUUAAAACAAAAACAUUGUACUGUGUGUAUUCUUGGGAUUUAGCUGUUUUCAGCAAAUCUUUUGGUUUCUCCUGAAGUUGAGCUGAGCUGGUUCUUUUUUCCUUUUCAUUUUAUUUUCUACUAUACUUGGUUUAGUCCAAAUUUUGAGCUUCAAAAAAAAUGAUGUAUGGUAAUGGACUUUCUUCUAGCAGAGGUUUUAUUCAAGAUCCAAACCCUAGUAGUAAUAAUCAUCCAAACCCUAAUUCAAAUCCAGCUUCUAAUAAGAGGAAGAGAAAUCUCCCAGGAAAUCCAGAUCCAGAUGCAGAAGUGAUAGCUCUCUCACCAAAAUCCCUGAUGGCGACGAAUCGAUUCGUCUGUGAAAUCUGCAACAAGGGUUUCCAGAGAGACCAGAAUUUACAACUCCACAGAAGGGGUCACAACUUGCCAUGGAAAUUGAAGCAAAGAAACAAGGAUGAAGUGAUAAAGAAAAAAGUUUACAUCUGUCCAGAAAAAUCAUGUGUCCAUCAUGAUCCAUCAAGAGCACUAGGGGACUUAACUGGUAUUAAAAAACAUUAUUCAAGAAAGCAUGGUGAAAAGAAAUGGAAAUGUGAAAAAUGUUCAAAGAAAUAUGCAGUUCAAUCUGAUUGGAAAGCUCAUAGUAAGAUUUGUGGGACUAGAGAGUACAAAUGUGACUGUGGCACACUCUUUUCCAGAAAGGACAGCUUUAUAACACACAGAGCAUUCUGUGAUGCGCUAGCUGAAGAAAGUGCAAGAUUUACAUCAGUGCCAAAUGUUGCAGCAAAUCUUAAUAGCUUGAGAAAUCAAUUGCUGAAUGGUGGGAUUAGUAAUAAUCUCCAGCUGCAGCAGCACAUGAGUGGAAAUCCUCAAUUUGGUUCUUCAUUUAGGCCUGAAUUAAUGGGAUUGGGAUCAUUAGACCCUUCAAGUCAUCAUCAACUUAAUCUUGAUGGACAAAAACCAAGGCUACCGCUUUGGCUUCAUCAUGACAAUGCAAAUUCAGGUAACCCCAGUGACUUUUUAUCUGCACCAUCAAGCACAACAAACAGCUUGCCUCAUGAGUUAGUUCAAAUGGCACCACAUACAAACAUGUUGGGCCUGUCUUCGUCGCAGAAUAAUAAUGACAACAACAAUAAUAAUAAUCAAUGGUUCAUCAAUGGCAAUGGUGGUGGUGCCUCGUCAUCGUCGAUGCCACGAGUGCUAAAGGAAGAAGAAGAGAACAAAACUAUUAGCAUGUAUUACAAUAAUAGCCAGCAACAAGAAAUAACAACUCCACCAGCAGCUCAUAUGUCAGCAACAGCACUAUUGCAAAAAGCAGCCCAACUUGGAUCAACAAGGAGCAGCAGCAGCAAUUCACCGCUCUUUAGCAGUCAAUUUGGGCUCAUGGCCUCAUCUAGCCUUAGUAAUUUGAACAACUUGAUGAUGAAUAAUUCUUCAUCAGGUGCUUCAAAUGUGGCUACUAUUGACAAUAUUCAGGGAAAUGGCCUGCUAAUAGGGGCCACAAAUUCAUCUUCUUUAGUGGGAAACAAUUCAAAUACUUUGAUGAUGAUGCAAAGUAAAGGGAAGCAGGUAAAUAUUCCUAGUGGGAAUAUUGAAGGUAAUUUAACAAGGGAUUUUCUUGGUGUUGGAGGGACUGAGAAAAGGUCAUUUUUGCAACAAAGUCAUGAGCUGGCCGAGUUUCGUAAUAAUUCUGGGAUAUUUUAGUAGGUUACUAGAUUUUUUUCCUUUAAUUGGAAUCGUAAGAUGUUCAAGAAAAAAAAGAGAAUAGAAAGCAAUAAUUUUUAGAGAUCUUGUGAAUUGUGGGGGCCAGGGAAGGGACUUGACAAAAAGCGACAUGGCUUUUAACUCCACAUUUGUAUUAUUUUGCUGCAUGUAGAAAGAUUUUUACCCUUUUCAAGAAAAAAGAGCUUUUUAGUGUUA